CCGUUAAAAUUUUGUUUAAAAUAGUAACACUAAUCUUUAAAGCUAUUUACGGAGAGACUCAUAUAUUUUUGACAAAAAAAAAUGAAUAAACAUUUAUUUGAGUGUGGCCAACAUUUCCAAAGACAGCCGGAAACGCGGCAGUCAAAAAGCAGAAAAGAAGAAGAGAGGCGCCAUAGACUCGGCAGUCAAAAAAAAUGAAUAAACAUCUAUCUUUGGUGUUUCAAUGCUUUGAAAUCGGGCAUUGAUGAUGUUCAUUUCAUAGUAGGGGGCGGUAGCACUUUAUCUUGAAGUGGAUUUUAAGCUAUGGUCCUUGGGCUGAGAUCAAGGAACAAAAGGGGUGCUUCUGUUCAAGUUGAUUUCAUCAUCCACGUGAAGGAACUGAAGCCUUGGCCUCCAUCACAGUCCCUUAGAUCUCUGCGGUCCGUUUUGCUUGUAUGGCAAAAUGGGGAUCACAACUCCGGGUCCAGCUUGUUCAAUGUAGGGGAUGCAAGUAUUGAAUUCAAUGAGACGUUCACUCUCUCAGUGACUCUAUGUCGUGAAAAGAAGGCUCAAGAUAACUUCCAAAAGAAUUUCUUGAAUUUUUACCUAUAUGAACCCUCCCGGAGGGACAGAACAGGUAAAGGCCAACUUUUGGGGACAUCAGCUAUAAAUCUUGCAGAUUUUGGGGGUAUUGAGGAUAGUGUGACCACUUCCACACCUUUGAACUGCAAAAAGGGCUCCAGAAUUUUUGAGCAGCCAAAAUUAUUGGUUACAAUACAGCCUGUUCAUAAGGACAGCUUAUCUGAAAAAACAUCCUCAAUUGACAGGGAUGAUCAAGUAUCUGUUGCAGAUUCAGUAAAUGAAGGAAAUGACGAUCAGUAUGAGAUUGCGUCUUUCACAGAUGAUGAUGUGUCAUCAUAUUCAUCUCUGGAUGUCCCCAUGUCUUCCUCAACGGCUGCAAAGGCUCCACCACCACCUCUACACGAGAAGGAUGGAGCUGAAUCUGAGCACUUCAAAAGGGACCAUAUAGACCCUGAUACACUUCCAGCACCGGUCCCUGCACUAUCGCGUGCGAGUUUUCUUUCAAAUGGGUUGGAGGCUCCAUCUGAAAGUAAAGCAUUGAUGUCAUGGGAGGCAUCAACCUCAAAUGUGGAAAAUCUUAUGAACAGACACACUUCAUUACCCAAGUUAUCUGAGAGAAGCACAACAUCAGUCCAGGAAGAAUCGGAUGCCCUCAUAGUCGAACACUCUCUUUCAUUUGCAAGGUAUCAAGCCUCAAGUGGUUCUUCCAGUAUUGCAAAUUCAGAUGCUUAUACUGGAACAAGAUCACCCUUUGACUUUCAAGAAUCACAACAUGGAAGUUUUGGCCAUGAUGAAAAUGAUCUUGGCAGUGAUUUAAAUGUCACCAUUCAGGGCGGGAUGAGUUCAGACGAGAAACAAACUAAGAGAGAUGAUGAGAGAAUUCCUAGAGAUGAUUUGCAUGUUGGUGCUCAAGAAUCCCAAGUGAGAAAUAACGAACAUGGUGAAAAUAAAAUCAAUAAUUUACCUAUUGGCCUUGUGGGGGGAAAUGAUAUAAAACAGAAACUCGAAAGUGAACACGAUGAAAAGAUUAUUACAAUAGAUGAUCAACACAUCAGUCUUCAAGAAUCACGAGAAAGAGAAAUGGAUCAUGCUGAGAGUGAAGUUACUAAUACGAUAGACAUUGGAUUAGUCAGUGAAAAUGAUAUAAAUGAUAGGCUAGAAACUGAACAGAAAGAAGAAAGAACCCCAAGAGAUGACUUGCAAGUCGGCGUUCAAGAAUCUCAGGAGAGAAAGAUGAGAACUGGCCAUGCUGCGAGUGAAAUUAUUGAAAACUUGCAUGAUGAUAAUGUGGACGGUGAAGAGGGGAUCUCAAGAUAUGAUUUACAUGCUGGUCUUGUGGAGGGAAAGGGCAUGAAGAAGAAUCUGAAAUUGGAACAGGAAGAAGAGACAAUUCCCAUACAUGAUCCACAUCCCAGCCAUGGGGUUGGAAUGGAUGUAAAGGAGAAACUAGAAAUUGAACAAGAAGAAAAGAAAAUUCCAAGAGACGACUUAAAUGUUGGUUUUCAAGAAGCCCGAAAGAAUGAAAUGAAUAUGGGGCAUGUAGAGAGUGAGGCUGUUAAUGAUUUGCAUGUCGAUCUUGCGAGUGGAAAUCAUAAAUUUGAGAAAGAAGAAACAAAUAAAUGGAUAUCAAGAAUUGAGAUGCUUGAGGAAGAACUAAGGGAGACUGCUGCUGUUGAGAUAAGCCUUUAUUCAGUAGUAGCUGAACAUUCGAGUUCAUCAAGCAAGGUUCAUGCUCCGGCUCGUCGCCUCUCAAGGUUCUUCUUUCAUGCUUGCAAGGAUAAGUCUCAAACUAAACAGACAAGUAGUGCAAGAACUGCCGUCUCAGGUUUAGCUCUGGUCUCUAAAGCAUGCGGAAAUGAUGUACCAAGGUUAACCUUUUGGUUAUCAAACACAAUAAUGUUGAGAGCAAUUGUUAGCCAGACUGCUGUAGAGACAGUUGACAAGAAUAGACCAUGUAAAGAACAUAUUAACUGGGGAGAUAUGGAAACAUUUACUCUUGCUCUGGAACAAGUCGAGGCAUGGAUCUUCUCCCGUAUUGUUGAGUCGUUGUGGUGGCAGACAUUCACUCCACAUAUGCAAAGAACUGUUGCAAGAACAAAGGGCAGAUCUAAUGGCUCAAAUUCUAAUAAGAAAGGUAUUACGCGUGGUUUUGGAGAUGAAGAGCCAGGUAGUUUCUCGAUAGAUCUUUGGAAGAAGGCUUUCAGAGAUGCUUGUGAAAGAUUGUGCCCGUUUCGGGCUGAAGGACAUGAGUGUGGCUGCUUGCCAAUGCUGGCAAAAUUGGUAAUGGAACAGCUAGUUAGUAGACUGGAUGUAGCAAUGUUCAAUGCCAUUCUACGUGAAUCAGUUGAUGAAAUGCCAACGGAUCCGGUUUCAGAUCCUAUUAGUAAUCCUAAGGUCCUCCCUAUCCCUGUUGGGAAAUUGAGCUUUGGGGCUGGCGUUCAACUCAAAAAUGCUAUUGGGAACUGGUGUAGAUGGUUGUCUGAUUUAUUUGAAGGUGAAGAAGAAGAAGAAGAGUCUCGGCGCAAGCCUUUCGGCCUCCUCAAUGCUUUGAGCGACCUCAUGAUGCUUCCAUUGCAAAUGCUUGCUGAUCCACCCUCAAGAAAACAAGUUUGCCCUACGCUCGGUCCGUCACUCGUCAAGAUAAUUCUCAGCCUUUAUGGACCUGAUGAGUUCUCCCCGCACCCGGUCCCCCUGCAAGUACUUGAAGCACUUGAUUAUGAGGAUGAUGAUGAUAUGGGUGAUUCAGCCGAGUAUUUCGCCAGCUUUCCGUGCACUGCGGCCCCCACCGUCUACUCAUCUCCAGCGGCCCCAUCGGUCGCUACAUUUGUGGGGUACUUCCCCGGAACCCGGCCCUUAUUGCGGAGCGGGUCAACAGUACUAAAAAAGGCACACACAAGCGACGAUGAGCUGGACGAGGUCGACUCGCCUCUGACUUCUAUCGUAGCGGGUCCAUCUCGGGGUCGUCCUUCUUCAACCGGCUUAUUGAACUGGACAACCCCAAAGGCGAAGGGCAGUCCUAGUCUUAUAAGGUAUCAGCUGCUUCAAGAGCUAUGGAGAGAGGAUGAAGAUGAAUGAGAAAUGUUAGGCAAAAGAGGAGAAAAUAUGGACACACUUUUCUUGGUUAAGGUUUUUAAACUUUGACCAUAGUAUACGAAAAUAAUGUAUUGCGUUAUUGUAUAAAUAUAAGAAAUUUUUGCACCAUUU